AUGGUUUCAAUUCGGAAUAGUGGUGAAAUAACUUCAUCAUCUGAAAUUGGAAAUGUUUCAGUUGCAGAGAUAACAAAUCAUAAUAAUAAUAACAAUGUAGUUUCAACAACAGCUAUAUCAAUGGGACUCGUUUCUCAAAGUUCAAUACAGGAAAACAGUAGUAGCAAUCAUAACAAAGAUUCAAAUGACCUCUGUAUAUUAUCAACAAAUCUAGCUAGAUAUUGUAUAUAUGUAUUCACAAAGAAAAGGAUGCGUCCAUUUGUACUACAGUUUGACUAUCACUAUAGAAUCGCAGUUAUAAGUCGUCGUGGAAAGCAACUUAGAAUUGUGCCAUUCACUCAUCUUUUGGAACCAUUACUAUGUCCUUUCGAUCCCACUUUUCUAACGAUAAGAACAUCCGAACCAAAUUCUGUAUAUGCAGCUAGUAAAAAUGAAAGAUGUGAACUUAAUACCAUUAUGACUGAUAUCUUGAGUGAUCCACUCAAUUGUAAAUGUCCAGCUGUAGAUAUUAUGUUGUAUUCAGGUUAUAUUCAAAAGAAAGGAAAGGUAAAAUGGUCAACUAGAUGGGUGGAGAUUCAACAGUUACAGAUAUUCUGUUACAAAAAGAGAACUUCACAGCUUCCAGUCAAUGUGAUACCCAUCACAGACCUUUCCGUUAAGAUUUUGGAAUCCAAUAUCAUUAUACUUCGAAACGACGUUAGAGUAUUCUACUUUAGAACUGAAACAGAACAUCAAAGAGAUACAAUCUACAACAGACUGGUUUCAAUUGGAGUACCAAAUAAGAAUCAUAAUCAAUAUAAAGAUCAGCGAAAAAAAUCAUUGAAAUUAGUUCCAGCUGAACCUGGACACGAUUUAAAACAACUUCACUUUGAAAAUAGCACAGGUGGAGUAAACAAUAAUAAUAGUGAACAUCGUCAUCAUCAACCACAAAAUCAAUUACAACAACAAUUAUAUCAAAAAGAAUCAUUAUCAUUUGCUUCUGCACUCCAAAAGAAUAAAUAUUCAACUUUGAAUAAUAAUAAUAACAACAAAGGAACAUUAGAAAAUCAUAUUCAUCAACAACAAAUUAAAAUGGAACCAAAUAUUUUGGAUUCAAAUAAGUUAUCAUCUCAAUACACAGCUUCACAAAACAAUGGUAACAAAAUAGAUAUAGAUAAUCAUAAACCACCACUGGCAAGACGACAAUCAGUUAAACAGCUCAUUGAGAAAUAUAAUAGCAAUGGUCCUACUACUCUGAUCGAUCCCAACCAAAAUCCAUCGUCCAUAUCGAGCAGUCCAUCAUUAAAUAAUAGCGCAUCAAAUGUACACCAGAGAAAGUCAUUUACUUCAACCUCAAAUUCGAUUAAUAAUAGUAACAAUAAUAAUAAUAGUAAUAAUUAUGUAAGAUUCACAAAUGUAAAUACAUCAUCAACAAAUCAAACACAAAAACAAAUGUCAUCACUGAAAUUAAAUUGUAUAGAAUCAUCAACACCAAUAGAUAUAAAUAAUGUAUAUAAACUACAACACCAAGAAUCACAAACCAAUUGUAAUAUAUCGUCAACCAACACCAAGAAUCAUCAAAAGAAUCAAGAUAUUAAAUAUUAUGCAGAUUUAAUCGAUAGAAUGGAUGUACUUAACAACUCUUGUGAUGAAAUCAUUACUUGGAUUGACAAGAAUAAGAAUCAAUUGACCAAGGAUGUUUGUCAGAAAUUGAUAGAUGAGUUCAAUCAGAUAUCAACAACACUACCAGAUCUUCAAAGGGAAUUGCAUUUCACAUAUGUCUUUGACAACGUCCAAGUUCAAUACGUUGACAAUCAUAACAACAACAACAACAACAACAACAACAACAACAACAACAACAACAACAACAACAACAACAACAACAACAACAACAACAACAUUAGUAUCUAUCAACAUUCAAUGAGCGAUUCUAGCAGUGAAACGAACACUCGAAGUAAUUCCAUUUGUAGUUCCUAUUCUGAAGAUCUUAGCAGUGAUAGUGAAGAUGACCAUAUUUUCAUGGCGGAAUCACUUACAUCCGUUCCAAUUACGUUGAAUCUUUCACCGUUUCCUAAACUUCGCAAGCAUAUCCGCCCCAAACCUCACAGCAUCGAAGACAUCACUUCAAAUCUGAUCUCUCAAAAGGGAAUAUCUUCAUAA